CGGAAGCACCGCGGCUGGAACGCUGGCUGCGGGGGACCCAGGAGCCGACCGUCCGGAGCCGAGGACGUCCACCGGGAUCGCCAAGCAGGAUGGCUUUGGGGAUCUUUGCAAAUUGUACGUUCUGCUUGAAAGUCAAACACUUACCUCGUCAAGAGAAGAAGAAGCUGCAGGCUGAUAUCAAGGAGAAUGGAGGAAACUUUUCAUUUUUAUUAAAUCCUCAGUGCACACAUGUGAUCUUAGACAAUGCUGACGUCCUGAGUCGGUAUCAGCUGAACUCCAUCCAGAAGAAUGAUGUCCAGAUUGCAAGCCCAGAUUUCAUAUGGGACUCCAUCAAGCAGAGGAGACUCCUGGAUGUGAAGAACUAUGAUCCCAAGUCACUGGCUGUCGUGUCCCCUCCAGAUGACAAGAACUGUGUUGGUGAGGCUGUCAUGUCCCCUCCAGAUGACAAGAGCUGUGUUGAGGUGGAAACAGAAGAUGUGUCUUUGGACAACGCACCAGAGAAUGAAAACACUGACGUCACCCAGGUUUCUGCGGAAAAUGUCGAAAUUCCUCAUUUUCUUCAAGACUUUGAAGUUGUGAAGUAUAACGUCUUGGAAAAAGUGGGAGCGGACAGAGGCCAGGAGACUGUGGUAGUAGAGCUGCAGUCUUCCCAGGACCCCGGGGACUGCCCCUUUGUGAUAUCAGUGCACUUCCUCCUGGCUGACGGCGUGCAGACGAGAAGAGAGAGCACUGGAAAGCAGACCUCUGAAGGCGCCAGUGAAUAUUAUGACCGCUAUAUUGAAGACCUGAAGAGACAAGGAUUUCUGCUCCAAGAGCGCUUCACAGCGGAAGCAACACAAUUAGCAUCUGAAAAGCUGCAAGCAUUGCUUUUGGAGGAGGUCAUAAGUUCAGGCGCUUUGAGCCAGGAGGUGAACGCUUUGGUGGAGAUGAUCUGGGCAGAAGCUCUGGGGCACCUGGAGCACACACUUCUCAAGCCGGUGAACAGCAUAAGCCUGAAUGACGUGAGUAAAGCAGAGGGGGUUCUCCUUCUCGUAAAAACAGCACUGAAGAAUGGAGAACCAGCAGAGCAACUGCAGAAGACAAUGGCCGAUUUCUACCGACUGAUUCCUCACAAACACCCGGCAUCUGAAGAAGUUAACCUGAGGUUGUUAGCUCAGAAAGAGGACCUUUGUCAGCUAGUGAGAGACAUGGUGAAUGUUUGUGAAACUCAUCUAUCCAAACCCAACCCGUCGUCUCUUGCCAAGUACCGAGCCUUGAGAUGCAAAAUCGAACAUGUUGAACAGAACACUGAGGAAUUUUCCAGGGUUAGAAGAGAAGUGUUGCAGAGUAAUCACAGGUUUUCUUCUAAUUCUUCCAAUGAGAGUCCAGGAGAUGUCUUGCAGAUAUUUAGAGUUGGCAGAGUGAACGAAGCCACAGAGUUUUUGAGCAAACUGGGCAACGUACGGUCCUUAUUCCAUGGAUCUCCCGUACGGAACAUUCUUGGAAUCUUGUCCCGAGGACUGCUUUUACCUAAAGUAGCCGAAGACCGUGGUGUGCAAAGAACAGACCCUGGAAAUCUGGGAAGCGGCAUUUACUUCAGUGACUCACUCAGUACAAGCAUUAAGUACUCACACGCGGGAGAGACAGACGGCUCCAGACUCCUGGUUGUCUGUGAUGUUGCCCUGGGAAAGUGUAUGGACUUAUUCAAGAAGGACUUUUCUUUAACCGAGGCACCUCCGGGCUAUGACAGUGUGCAUGGAGUUUCGAAAACAGCCUCUGUCCCCACAGACUUUGAGGAUGACGAAUUUGUUGUUUAUAAAACCAGUCAAGUGAAAAUGAAAUACAUUGUUAAAUUUCACAUUCCUGGAGACCGAAUAAAGGACUUCCAUCCUGAUAAAAAUACUGAAUUAGAGGAAUACAGAGUUGAGCCUUCAAAUGUUUCAAAGGUUGAAGAUUUCCAGUUACCAGACGUCAAGCCCCUCACCAACGUCAAAGCUGGCCUUCAGGACAAAUCUGCGAACUCUGUCCCUCUUGACAGUGUUCACAUCAGGGGAAGAAUAAUAGACUUUGUAGCCCAGAUCAUUAUUUUUCAGACGUACACAAAUCAAAGUCCCGUGCCUAUCGAGGCAAAAUAUAUCUUCCCUUUGGAUGAUAAGGCAGCUGUGUGUGGCUUCGAGGCAUUCAUCAAUGGGAAGCACAUAGUUGGAGAGAUAAAAGAGAAGGAAGAAGCCCAGCAGAAAUACCGAGAGGCUGUCAGCCAAGGCCAUGGUGCUUACUUGAUGGACCAGGACACUCCGGAUGUUUUCACUGUCAGCGUUGGAAACCUUCCCCCUCGGGCUAAGGUCCUCAUCAAAAUCACCUACAUCACAGAACUCACCUUCGAAAGCCCUGUGGCUGUCUUCUUCAUGCCUGCCACCGUAGCACCCUGGCAACAGGACAAGGCUUUGAAUGAGAACCUUCAGGAUACAGUGGAGAAGGUCUGUAUAAAGGAAAUAGGAAAGAAGCAAAGCUUCUCCCUGGCUAUGUCCAUCGAGAUGCCCUACAAGAUUGAACUCAUCUCCAGUGACACACACGAACUGAGACAGAAGAGCACCGAUUGCAAAGCUGUGAUUAGCACUGAGGAAGGCUGCUCCUUAGACAGCUUUGGAUUUUCUCUCCACAUUGUUCUGCGUGAUGCGUAUCUCCCAAGAAUGUGGGUUGAAAAACAUCCAGAAAAAGAAAGUGAGGCUUGCAUGCUUGUCUUUCAGCCGGAUGUGGCGGCCACCCUUCCUGACCUCCGCGCAGAGAAUGAAGUGAUUAUUUGUCUCGACUGUUCCAAUUCCAUGGAGGGUGUGACAUUCAUGCAAGCCAAGCAAGUUGCCCUGUACGCUCUGUCUCUGGUGGGUGAGAAGCAAAAAGUGAACAUUAUGCAGUUUGGCACAGGUUACAAGGAGCUAUUUUCCUAUCCUAAGUACAUUACAGACAAUAAAGUGGCCACAGAGUUCGUUACGUCUGCAGCAUCCGCCAUGGGGAACACAGACUUCUGGAAAGUUCUCCGCUAUUUAAGUCUACUGUACCCUUCUGAAGGGUUACGGAACAUUCUUCUCAUAUCUGACGGGCACCUCCAGAGUGAAAGCCUGACAUUGCAGCUUGUGAAGAGGAACAUCCAUCACACCAGGCUGUUCACCUGUGCUGUCGGUUCUACAGCAAAUCGUCACAUCUUAAGGACCUUGUCUCAGUGUGGUGCUGGAGUAUUUGAAUAUUUUAACUCAAAAUCCAAGCAGAGUUGGAAAAAACAGAUAGAAGCCCAAAUGACCAGGAUGCGUUCCCCGAGCUGCCACUCUGUCUCUGUCAAGUGGCAGCAGCUCAGCAGAGAUGCCCCUGAGCCUCUGCAGGCUCCAGCCCGGGUGCCCUCCUUGUUUCACAACGACAGACUCCUUGUCUACGGAUUCAUUCCCCACUGUACCCAGGCAACUCUGUGUGCACUCAUCCAAGAGAAGGAAUUUCAUACAAUGGUGUCAACUACCGAGCUUCAGAAGACAACUGGGACUAUGAUUCAUAAGCUGGCAGCUCGAGCACUGAUCAGAGAUUAUGAGGACGGUAUUCUCCAUGACAACGAAACCAACCACGAGAUGAAGAAAAAAACCAUGAAGUCUCUGAUUAUUGAACUCAGUAAAGAAAAUUCUCUAAUUACACAAUUUACAAGCUUUGUGGCAGUUGAGAAAAGGGACGCUAGUGAUAUUCCUUUUGAUAAUGCCCCAAAUAUUUUGGAACUUGUUGCCAAAGAAGAUGUAGACUUUCUACCAUACGUGAGUUGGCAGGAAAAGUACCCAGAGCCCUUCAUAACACUGGCAGAGUCUGAGUGUUCGGGACUAGAGCAGGAUGACGUCACCAACGGCAGCAGACCGCUACAGGAGCCUGAAAUAAACAUCAGACACUUUGCAGCCGGCGCUCCAUUAGGCAAGUUUGCCUCACCUGAGCCCUUCUCGAUCUCCUCUGAAGGGAAGGAGAAACAGCCCCAGCUACAUUGGACUAAAAAACAAAAAAAAAAGCUAAGGAGAAGUUUUCACGAAGUUUCUGAAGAUUUUGAAUGCGUGACCUCAGAGCCACAGUCUCGUGCAGCAGCAGAGUCUCUCAAGGUCCACUCACAAUCGGAAGGUGUGGGCCGGCCAUUGGGUGUGAAUCAUCUGGCGUCAAAGAAAAGAGAGGGGGGAUUUAAAAGUAUGUUGGCGACUAAAGCAACAUGCGGGGCUGCUCCCAUGGAUUUGUCUGCUGCUGCAGAUCUGUUUUCUUUCCUUUCUCCCUGCAGCUCCCAGUCCGCUUUGUUCUCUCCUCUCAGCGACAUUCCCAGUGCUCUUCCUCCUGCUGCCCCUCUCCCUGGUGGCACCCACUUUCCUCUCUCUCCCUCUCUCCCUGGUGCCAGUCUUCGUCUCCCUCCCUCUCCCCCGGGUGCCCCCUGUCAUCUUCCUUUCCCUCCCUCACCCCCUAGUGCCCCCUGUCUUCCUCCCGCUCCCCCUCCCUCCGGUGUUGCUAGUCUUCCUCCUCCUACCCCUCUCCUUGUUGGCAGCCAUUUUCCUCCUCCUCACAGAAAAUUCAUCCCAGACAACUCACCUGUGUUUGGCCAAAGCCUUAAGCCUGUAGGAGGUACCAACAUCUUCCAUGAUUCGGGGUCUCCUCCCGGGCAUCUUUUCUCGGGCUUUGGCAGUGUUACUGCUUUCUCAGGUGGUUUCUCCAGUUCAAAGAAAGUUUCCCAAAGGCCCGACAAGGCACCUUAUCUAAAGUCUAAGGCAAUUCUUGGCCUUCCUCCUCUCUCCAGAGUUCUUAGCUCUGGGCAUCCGCGGAGGCCUUCACAAAGUGCCUCCCUCCCUCGGGGACCUGAUGACAGAAUUGCAGAUACCAAAAUGGAUUCAGGUGAAUCGGCUUUCUCCUUUGAGUCUCUCUUAAAUCGUUCUGCCAGCGCUGCGCCAUCAGAUGGCUUAGAAGGCCUGGGUUUUCAAGACAUGGUUUUGCCUGCCUCAUUCGAAGCAAAAAUGGAUGAAGCAAUGGGAUAUGAUGCAUGCAAGAUAGAGACUUAUGCAACAAACGACGCUUGUGCAGAGGAAGAUGAGGAAUGUGUGACCGUUGGAAGCUUUUCUGCAACAAACGAUGCUUGUGCAGAGGAAGAUGAGGAAUGGAUGUUCUGCGAAAGCGCUUCCGCGGAAGAAGAUGAGGGAUGUGUGGUCUCUGAAAGCUUUUCUGCACCGUGGACUUCGCUCUUUGCCCUACAAACUGAGGAUGGUUUCUGGAAACUGACACCAUCACUAGGAUUUAUACUAAAACUUAAUGUAAAUAUUCUACACAAUUUUCUUGAAGAAAAAGGCAUUCGAUCUCUAGGUACAAAAGGAAGAGACUGUCUCCUGGACCUAAUUGCCACCUUGCUGGUACUACAGUUUCUUCGUACCAGGUUGGAACAAGAAGGGAUGGUUGCCAAAUCACUGAUGAAGAUGGAUGACACCUUCAUCUCCAGGAAUAUUCCAUGGGCUCUUGAGAACAUAAAGAAAGCAAGUGAAUGGGCCAGAAAAACAGAAGGCCAGUAUCCAUCCAUCUGCCAACGGCUUGAGCUGGGUAAAGACUGGGAGUCCGCCACAAAGCAACUGCUGGGGAUGCAGCCCCAUGCCAACAGCUCUCUCUACCGACUUCUACAUUGCAAUCAAGGCUGAAUUCAAUGAAAUUUCAUUUUAAGCAUUUCUCAUAUAUCUUUUUGUUGUUAUUUUGUUUUUGUUUUUGUUUUUUGUUUGUUUUUUGGUAUUUUGAGAUAGGGUUUCUCUGUGUGGCCCUUGCUGUCCUAGAACUCACCCAGGCUGGCCUCGAACUCACAGAAUUCUGAUUUCCUUUGUCUUCCAAGUGCUGGGAUUAAAGGCGUGGUGCACCACCACCUGACUGCCUGUUCAUAUUUCUAUGUAGAAAAUAAUCAAAUAGUAAAAGGUACUGAUAAUGACAUGUAUUAGUAGUUUGGGGUUUUUUGUUUGUUUGUUUGUUUUGCUUUGUUUUUCAAUGUAGCUAUCAACCACUUUAAAAUAAAAUAAAUGGAAACAGGAUUGAUGAAUCAUUUAACAACAAUAAAAAACUGUAACAUUAGAGACUGUCUCAAUGUCCUGGGGGGGUGGGCGCUCAUUGCAUCUUCCCUCCAGGAGUCCAGCGGAAGGCUGACUUAUCAAGCAGUAGGGAAGGAGUUGGCCUUUGGUUUAGUCUUGCA